AUGGAGAAUUGGACCACUCCUUGUGGCUGUCUUAGCUGUAUUGCCCGACAGCAGACUCGACGACCCGUCCCAACAUAUUCGACACUCAACRCCACUUCAGAGGUAGUUAGGGAGCGUGCGAAGCAGAUUGUUUACGCGCGCGAACAUAUUCAGCAAUGUCUCCGAGUAUACGGAGAUGUCAUCUUAACAUCUUGGGACAGCAAGACACCGGCGCAACGCAAAUCGGUGCUUAAAUCCACCCUACCCGACAUCCCUUCGACACACCGACCUGAAUUUGAACAUCAGCAGGACGCCGAGAAAUACAGAAUUGGAGAAUUGGGAACAUCGCUGCAGUCCUUCGACACUCCGCAGCUGAAUAUUGAGGAUCUGAGUCUUGAUGGAGUCCUUCUUGCUCUGCUUAGAUCUCGUGGCGAAAUCAUGCCUUUCGAGUUCAUCGUCAGUGAUCUUGACAAUGCCGGUGUUGCCUUGGAGGGCCACGCAACUAUGAAAGAGCUCGAGGAUUGGAGAGUGGUUCUUGACAAAACUUCAUACGGCAAGUUCGCGCUUACUACCGAACUCGAGGAAGCCGAUAUCGAUUAUCUCGGACUUCAUCCUCUGUCUGCCGUGUACGCACUUGGUAUUCAGAGACGCCUGCUAUCCUUUCUUUCGAACAUCUGCAAGGCGCUUUCGAAAGAGCGAGGCCUCGAAACCACGAUGCAGCAUCUCAAGAAUCUCCCAGACUGUGCACCGUAUGCAGACCUUGCGUUAGCCAGCGGCCCGCCUGCCAGCCUUCGUAACUCUGCCGUCCGGGCUGAGACUCAGCUACCAUGUAGCAUGUCCAUCAAAGACUUGCUGUCGCUGGUUGAGAGCAGGGCCUCGCAAGCUCGCGACAAUGUGCUUAGCCUGGUCGGCGAUGCAGGUUACUUUGUGCAACAUCUGCGCGAUCAAGAGGCUCAUAUUCCAGAAGUUCCGGGAUAUCUCCAGAGUCGUAGGAAGUUGUACGCAACGGAAGAGCCCAAUGCGCCGAUCACAGCUGCAAUGGAUAGCAAGAACAAGGCUUUCGCAUGCUUGAUGACUGGCUUUGCCUGCUCGUUGUUGGUCAUGAGCUCAUUCCGCAGCCUCAUUCUGUGGAUGUUGGUUGUUGAAUGGACAGAUAAACUGGGCGCCGAUGAGUUCCGUGGUGAAACCUGUCGCACCGCUCAUGAGAACCAAGAUGCGCAAGUUCUUUGA